AUGAGCUCUUUCUUUCUUUCAUUAUUUUGGUCUCCCUUCCUUACCUACCUCCGCAGAGUGAGUUCAACAUCGGAAUUCAUUGCUUUGUUGCACUUGCCGUGGGCGUCCGGGGGGGUCGGGUAUCUGUGCGUGAAACUGUUGGUCGGCUUGAGAAUUAGAGCAGAAACACCAAACACCGGUUUCUCAAUCACCCAAAAUUAUUAUUAUUAUUAUUAUUAUUAUUAUUAUUAUUAUUAUUAUUAUUAUUAUUAUUAUUUCUCUUUACUCUUUUGUUCUUGUCUCUUCUUUCUUUUCCAUCAUCAUCAUCAUCAUCAUCAUCAUCAUCAUCAUUUUUUUAUAAAUAAUUCUUUUUCUUCUCUUUCUUUUUUUUUCUAUUAUUAUUUCUCUCUUUUUCUUCACUUAUUUUUCCCUUUCUUUUUUCUUUUUAUUUAUUUAUUUAUUCCUCCCGUUUCUUCUUUCUUUUCUUCACUUCUUUUUUUCUUUUCUUUUUAUUUAUUUAUUUGUUCCUCCCGUUUCUUCUUUCUUUUCUUCACUACUUUUUUCCUUUUCUUUUUUCCUUUUUUUUCUACUUUAUCUUCUUAUUCGCUUUUUAUUCUUUUUUUCUUUUUCUCAGUUUCCAAAAUCUUUUCUUUCUUUUUCCUUUUUUUUUUUUUUGCUUGCAUUCUCUCAUUCCAUUUCUUUCUUUCUUUUACCUCCUUUUCCUCUUUCCGAACAGAAAAACAACAAAGACAGGGAAAGUCGUCAUCACGCAACAACAUUUUCUUCUUCUUCUUCUUCUUCUUCUUCUUCUUCUUCUUCUUCUUCUUCUUCUUCUUUUUCUUCAUUUUCUUCUUUUUCUUCUUCUUCUUCUUCUUCUUCUUUUUCUUCUUCUUCUUCUCCUUCUUCUCCUUCUUUGUUUUCCCUUUACAGUGUUUUUGCAAAACUUGCAUUGUUCGGUAUUUGGAGAGUAGCAAAUAUUGUCCGAUCUGUGAUGUUCUGGUUCACAAAACACGGCCAUUACAGCAUAUUAGACAAGAUCAAAUCCUGCAAAACCUUGUAUAUAAGAUGGUCCCCGGACUUUUUACAAAUGAGAUGAAAAGACGGCGAGAUUAUUAUGUAAAACACCCUUGCCCAGCCACCCAUCAGCCCUGUGGUUCCGUGGACAGCGAAGCGAACGGCGUCUUACAGGGCGGAGACGGAUCACGUGUUCAUGAACGGAUUAUCUAUUCAGAGGAUGAGAAAAUUAGUCUAUCUCUGGAAUUCAGUUCAAAUGGCUGCCCUCCAGAUUGUUGUCAUCGCCAAGAAGAGAGUGACAGACUAAAGUUAAACCUUUUGCGGGUUGCUGGAAAAUACCGUGUUAAAAAAAAGAAGAUCUCAGCAUUGGUCUCAGACUGCCGUUAUCUUCUGUGUCCUGCCUCGGUAACUGUGGCUCAUCUCAAAAAAUUUAUUCGAAUGAAGUUCUCCCUAUCACCACGGUAUAAGAUUGAUAUUUUCCACACGGACGAAUCCCUCGAUGAUGACUAUACGUUGAUUGACAUUGCAUAUAUAUACACUUGGCGACGGAGAGGCCCCCUUCGUUUGUUUUACAGCGUCUACGAAAAUCCCGCCAAGCGUAUCAAGUUCUCUGAACCAAGCGAACUGGAAGUUUCUAGCCCGACUUCCGCCUCUACCGACACCCACAGGGUGACAGCUACCAUUCCACACCCGGCUCAGAACGGGGAUAAAUCAGACAGUGAACCGGUGAAGGAAUCAGCGCGAGGAGGAGGAGGAGGAGGAGGCGGUGGCAGCGCCGGAGGAGGGGCGGUGUCCAGCGCCAAUUCUUCCACUGCACUCAGUCCUGCAUCGGUUAUCACCAACACGACACUCAGUCCAACAACCACCAUCACGGCGGUGUCGGCAACAGCGGCUGCGGCGGCAGCAGCAGCAGCAGUAGGAGGCGGUGGAGCUGUGGGAGGUGGAAUUGGAGCCGUCGGUGCUGGGAGUCUGGCAUCCACAUCGCCGAGAGCGACCACCUCCAGUGGAGGCGGUGGAGCGGCGUCGGCCCCGUCGACCCGGUCGACCAAUAGCAUCAGCACUGCUAGCACGACAAUUCUGACUUCGACCAACAGCAAAGGCACAGCUUCCGGUAACACAACGGAAGUGAAAAGUCCCCAGCUGCUCACAUCGGCUGUCAUGGCUGCUAAUCCUAAUCUCACCUUCAAGACUCCAGAAGAUGAGAAAUUCGACCGGCCAAAGGAAUUUAAAGAACCGGUCUAUAAUGGCCAAGUACUAAAUGGACACGAAGAGAACGUUAUUGUGAAAAAAGAGCCUGUGACCGAUGUCUUUCUCUCUCUCUCUCUCUCUUUCUCCCCCCCCCUCUCUCUCUCUCUCUCUCUCUCUCUCUCUCUCUCUCUCUCUCUCUCUCUCUCUCUCAAACUGUAA